AUGUCUUCUUCGUCUAGCCACCAGACGAUGAGUUCCGCUGAGCUUCUGCAGAGAGUCGGUGACACAGUCGCGCGUGGUGUCACAGGCCUUGCGACCAAGGCUGAAGUUGACGAGGUCAAAACUAGGCUGUCAAAGAUAGAGUCCUUGCUCAUGCAAGUGCUGCAAGACCGGACAUCUGCGCAUCAUGCGGGACCAGAUCGCGAAGCUCCAACGGUCCCUACGUGUGGUCUCAAAGUCAGUGAAGAUUCUGCAACAAAUGUUCCAUCUGAGACGCAGACCGACGUAGAUCACUCCAUCGCUGCAGCUUCCUCCGUGUCCGAAGAGCAAGACGUACCGCCUUCCUACCAGCCUGCGUAUACUGCAACUUUCGCCGAGCCAGCAGCCCAGGGAACUAAUGAGAGCUCUCUCCCUAACACACCUACACCGUCAGCACGGCCAGCGGAACCAAGCGCGCCUACGCUUAACGAAGAGACGGUCUCCGCCCAGUCCGCUGCUCAAGCUGAAGAAGACACACUGUCGGAUGAGGAGCUGAGGGAACUUCGGCCGCUUCGUCAGCAAUCAACACGUCUACUCUGCAUUAAUGAGGACUUUCGUUUCAAGACCCUAGUUGGCCUGUACUGCGCUCUCAAAUUGAGGAACCCAGUUCAAUCGUCAUCCCGGACCCGCCUCCCCGAAAGCGAGCUAAUUCAUAUGGCGCGCCAUGCAGAAUUCGACAUUCUUCGAGCCAUAGAUCGAAGGGUCAUAAGGAGGCAAUUGGCUCCGGUCCCAUCGCUCAUACUCAAUGAGUACUCAACUGGUCGGCAGAAGAUGUGGAGCAGCUUCAAGAAUAGCAGCAACUUCUCCAAGCUGAUCCAUAGAUAUCAGCGGUCUGUGCGUGAGGCCUUGAGGCAGAGUAGACGAGUCAACCGGUCGCAGUCUCCUCAGCAGAUAGGAGCUUUCGUCACCGUUCCUCGUGGCCGUGCUGGAUACCGCUAUCGAUCGGCGUCGAGGUCUGCGAACGAUGACCGUGGCGGCAAUGCACCGGUGACUGGUAUAGAUCAGGGCGUUAACCAGCCGGCGACAAGCAACAGUGACUUCUCCUUCCCGAGCGCUCCUACUCGGAUCUUCUCCUCGAAAGCACUUGAUACGCUGGUGGCGUACAGCGACAUGCUCAUGGACGCCGAUCUGGCCAUCCUCAAAGAGCCCACGUCGGCUAAGCCAUACAACAUCAAACUCGCCAAUGAACUUCGCAGCGGUACUCUCGUCGACUUUUACGACAAGCUCGUGGAGGCCAACACCUUGGUAUCCUAUCUCAAGCACGACGAAGCCAUUCAGCAUGCACUCGUUGAGGUCUACCAGAGCAUGGGCACAGCGCCGUUCUGGAAUGACUUUAUAUCGCUCGAUAGCCAGGAUCUCGUCAGGCUCACGAAGCAAGUCGAAGAUGACAUUUUCGGCCGCCUGCUAAUGGAUAUACGGGGUGGGAAGCUCGAUGUGUCUCACGAAAACGCGUACAUUCGAUUGACAGCGAGGUAUCGUCCGGGGACGGAUGCCAUGGGCCUAAGGAAUUUUGCAGCUAUGGCUUCGAAAUUUUUCGACCGGAUGGAGACAUAG